AAACCGUUAAAAAACAUUAACAUUAUCAUUGUUACUGGACAAAAUCAGAUAGUCCCUCCAUUUAAAACUCCUUAUGCCGUUUUGUGCCUUCUGACCAACACGCACGUGUUUUGGUCACGUGGUUGCGGGGUGGGGUCAACAGGUAGGUGCGUUGCAUGUGUUUUUCCGUUUAUAACGUGCAACAUUGCUAUUGCUGGUUGUCUUUACUGCCGUGUGCUCUCAAGACAAAAUGGAUUUCGAUUUGGCUUCAGCUGUGGGUAAAGAUGAUCAGGUGAAAAAGGAUGAUGCAUCUGGACAGGAACAGAAUGCCCUAUUUGGAUGGGGGAAGAAGAAGGACAAAGAUGGGGAUAAGGACAAAUCAAAGGACCAUGACAAAUCGAAGGACCGUAAGGACCAUGACAAAUCGAAGGACCAUAAGGAGGACAAAGACAAGUCUAAGGAACAUAAAGACAAGAAGCAUGGUGACAAGAAGGACAAAGGUCAUAAGAAGAAAGACAAGAAGCCCAAGGAGCAUAAGGACAAAGAUGAUGGGUCAUCAUCUUCCUCGUCCAGCAGCGAUGAGGAUGAAGGCAAGAAGAAGCAUCACUGAUUCUGGUGCUAUGAGGAAGUGCUACUGCCAGUGAACUCUUACAAUGUUUUGUACUGCAAUGUUGCCUGCAUGAUAUUUACUGUGUACUGUUUCCUUGUUCCUGAUCAUGUGUUGAUGUGCCAGACUGUAAAGUAGUGGUUUUACAACAGGACAUUAAAUAACACAACAACCAGGAUGUAUGGUGAUUGUCAGCCUUUUUUCACUUCUUUCCUCCCUAGUAAAAAGUCUAAUGUCCACCAGAAGGGGGAGGUGUUCUUCAUUCAAUGUUUAUUUAAUAGAUUGAAUUCAAUUGCUUUGUUGAAGUUUUUUGAUAAAUUGUCCAGUUCAGAAGAUUGAA